AUGAAGCCGCUUCCAGUUGACAGGACCGGUCGCUGGAGACUGGGUUCCUGUGUUCAGAGGGUUGCUCCUCGAUCAUAUCUUGUGGAUGUAGACGACAGUCUUUACCGCCGCAAUCGAGUUGUCAAGCCCUGCCCUGACACGAGUGGACCUGCGAAGGGCAGAACGAUUCACCACACAAGCCUAUGAGCAUCCUGCACGUGAUCCUCCUGAGGUGCUCAAUGCCCCGAGUCCAACUGGACCAUAUACUCAAAGCAGAGAGAACUCUGCUGUCAUAUCGGGAUACAAUAUCCCGUCAAGUUCUUCUUUGCCAAACACACCAGCCAGGAAAGAGGGUAGUUCCUUAUUAACAACCUUCUGGAGCUGAACAGAUUUCCCCAGGCAAAAUCCCUGUGGUCUUGCGUAGUGGUCGAGUUUCAAGACCAGCAGAUAGACUCAAUCUGUAG